CUCUACGUCAGGCAGCGGCUCCCUCUGGAAAUUUAAACACGGGGUCUUCCACGACACAGACAGACACUGGCAUUUCUCUGCUACAAGGUCACCGAGCCCGACAGACUGCACAGGACAUAAACACCUUCAUUCUCCCAAAGUGAUAAGUCAGCAUUGAGGUGGGCCAGCGAUGCCGCCCCCAGCCACAGGUCCCCCUGCUGUGCCCCCACCAGAUGGCGGAUGGGGAUGGGCUGUGGUGUUUGGAUCUUUCAUCUCCAUAGGCUUCUCAUACGCCUUCCCCAAGGCCAUCACAGUCUUCUUCAAAGACAUCCAGGUCAUAUUUGACGCCUCCUACAGUCAGAUCGCAUGGAUCUCCUCCAUCAUGCUUGCGGUCAUGUAUGCUGCAGGCCCAGUCAGCAGCAUACUUGUCAACAGUUACGGCUGCAGGCCCAUUGUCAUGAUGGGGGGCUGCCUCUGUGCCACUGGCAUGAUCUUAGCUUCUUUCUGCACCAGCGUGGUCCAGCUUUACAUCUGCAUUGGAGUUAUUGGUGGACUUGGACUAGCCUUCAACUUGCAGCCAGCGCUGACUAUGAUAGGCAAGUACUUCUAUAAGAAGCGUCCCAUUGCUAACGGGCUGGCAAUGGCAGGCAGUCCAGUGUUCCUCAGCACCCUGGCUCCUCUCAAUCAGUACCUCUUCAACCAGUUUGGCUGGAGAGGCAGCUUCCUCAUUCUUGGUGGCCUGCUGCUGAACUGCUGUGUGGCUGGUUCCCUCAUGAGGCCUCUAGGACCCCCAGCUGGCAAGGCCAAGAAGGACAAAGAGUUGGCUGCCAUCGCCACCACAACAAAAGAGAAGCACACUGCUUGGCAAACAGUCAACAAGUACCUAGACUUGACGCUCUUCAAACAUCGUGGCUUCCUCAUCUACCUGUCGGGCAAUGUCAUCAUGUUCCUCGGAUUCUUCGCACCUAUAGUCUUCCUUGCGGCGUACGCCAAGGACAUGGGUGUGGAUGAGUACUCAGCUGCCUUCCUGCUCUCAGUCCUGGCUUUUGUAGACAUGUUUGCCAGGCCAUCCAUGGGGCUACUGGCCAACUCACGCUGGAUUCGGCCCAAGAUCCAGUAUUUCUUCAGCUUUGCUGUUCUAUACAAUGGGGUUUGCCACAUCCUCUGCCCGUUGGUGGAAAGCUACACUGGUUUGGUGGUGUAUGCGGUCUUCUUUGGCUUUGCUUUUGGCAUGGUCAGCUCAGUGCUGUUUGAAACACUGAUGGACCUAGUUGGGGCUCAGAGGUUCUCCAGUGCUGUGGGACUCACCACCAUUGUUGAAUGCUGUCCAGUCCUCAUUGGUCCACCACUAGCAGGGAAACUGGUCGAUGUCACAAAAAACUACAAGUACAUGUAUUUUUGCUGUGGAGCUGUUGUGAUUAUAGCUAGUAUUUGGCUCUUCAUUGGAAACUUCAUUAACUACAGACUUUUGGAGCUUGAACAUAAACGUGCAGAAAUGUACAAACGGGCUGAGAUGGAAGAUCCAGACCAAAUUCAGGAUCAGAAGGAGGCUGCUGGGGAAACCCAGGCCUCUCAGGAGCUGGUCAACAAAGGUCAGAAAGAUGAGGAACCUAUGCAACGGGAAACCAAUAUCUAGAUCCUUCUUCUCUGCCGACAGCUCACCUUCACCUCCAGCGUCACCUCGAAUUACUUUCAACUACGAACAAACUGAACUCCAAGCCAAGAGGUGCCUCUUGGUGUUGCACCAGGCUCUAUAUGGGGUCCUCUGCACUUCUCUAAAACUAACUGCCACUGCCAAACAGUGCUGUCCAGAGCUGUAAAGAGUAAUAUCUGUUUGUCAAAGAGCAUCAGCUGUGACUGUUCCAGAAAUAUUAACCUGAGAGGAAAGUGUAAGAUACUGUAUGCAUAUGAAGAGGCUAAAAGUCAGAAAAUGUUUGUGGAAAACAGUUUAGUACUAACUGUAUUUUCCUCCUUGCCCCCUUCACCUCAUAUUGGAUUUACUGUAAAUAGAACACUGCAACUGCAAGAAAAGUAUUAUCUGCUACAGUUUUUUAAUGGUUGAUUUUUAUUGAUCUCUGUCUGUCCCAACAAGUUAAAAUAUACAUACAAAAUACAAGAUGUAGCAACAAGCGUCAUUCUGUUUUUCCUCCUGUGUCUUCCGAUAUGACUUAUGCAGCAUUAGGGUGUUGCCAAUGUUCCAACAGCACCAGCAAACUGAAAUAACACGUUCAAAAUAAGAUCUCUUCUCAAAAAAUUGAAGUCUUAGUAAAUGAAGAAAGGUUAAAUUAAAAAGUGGAUGCAAUUCGACAUUUCUUGGUGGUUGGGUUUUUUGAAGACAUUGGGUUUUUUGAAGACAAAAGCCAGUGUCCAUUCUUGGGGAAGGUUUGAACAACACUGAUCCCUAACUGUGUGUUCACACCACCAGCAAAAUGGUUUAUUUGUUGCAUUUUUGACAGAUUGUGGGCAGUUAGAGGCUCUGAAGGUACCAACUAUACAGUCAGAUGAAAGGUGCUAAUUCGGUAAUAUAGAAAAUGAACAGAUAGAACAAUUUCAGAGAUAAAGUGUGGCCAUAAUGAUUGAAACACCUAUUCUCCAAGGAACAACCACUAAGAUGCCUCCUUCAUAGUCUUUCACAAACACUCUUCAAAGUUCACCACAACUUUGAAGCUUUCAGUGGUUGGAAUCAACUGCUUUUUUCGGCUAAUGUUCCUGAAAUCAUAUCAAUAGGGAACAAAAGAGGAGCUGCGAUCUGGCUUGAUGCUGGCAGCUGUUGAGACUAGAAAUUUUGGCUGAGUUUCCUUGGUUGUACAGCUCUGUAGGAAGCAAAAAUUCCUUAUGACUUGUUGAUUGUGUUGCUUGCGCUGUGAAUACAGCGUUAGCAAUUUCAGUGCACUGGAAAUGGUUGAUCCAUGUGGUUAUACAUGUUGAGAAAGAAUGCAAAAUCCUAAUUGCACUGUGUUUCAUGCAGCAGUUGGGCGCCCUAAAAUUCCCACUUCCAUAAAUAAAGAACAGAUGUGUUCACAGCUGGUGACGCUGAUGCCCGCGUUAAUGCUGCCUACCUGAGCACUGUAAUGUUGUUUAGUAAAACCUGAAUGAAUGUCCCACUUUAUUGCUUUAGAAAAUAUUCCCUGUAAGUUGUCUCAUGCUCCAUAUUGCACUCAUAUACAGUAUGCUGCACUAAAAGAGACAUACUUACAUACUUACAUACAACCCAAACAAUUUUAUAAAACUGCUGCAGUUCAAUAAAUGUAUUUAUGGUCGAAUGUAAUCUAACCCUAUCCACUGUGGGCCUUAAUAAGGUAUUAAUGACCAAAACCAUUUGCAUAAUAAUGGUUUUUCUGCACAUACACCCAAUGAGCAAUAUACUCUCAUGAAUGCAGAUAUACAGGGAAUUGUAUUUCUUGUGGUCAGUUGAACAGUCCAUUUUACGAUACACUACAUUAAAUGUGAUGUGAUGUAAUGAAAUGAAUGUAGGGCAGUUGUACAGUGAAUACUUGAUAGUAUUAUGUGAAGCUAAUAGACUUUGGUGAUAAAUGUUACCCACUGUUUUGCUGUUAACUUUACAAGAAAUCACUAUAAACUGCUCCAUUUGUCUAACAUGUCUUUAAUGAAAUGACAAAGCAAUGAGAUGAUGUUGUUCUGUAUGGUCUCUAAAUUAACUAAUUCAAUAAACAACAUCCACACCAGUAUGUUAUAAAAAUCUGAAGGAAUACUACAGAUACUGCUAAUUAAUGAAUGCUAAUCAAGUCUACCUGUAUUCACAAUGAUGUGAAUACAGGUGAAUACCCAUAUGUGUGCACUCACACAUAUGGGGUGAACAUAUCGUGUAACAAUUUAACUGUCUGUUUCUAUAAAUGUAAGUGUUGUUCAAUAUUCUAUCUAUUCCACAUGUUAAUUUUUGUAAAUGUCACCCUACUGUGCUGUUGAUCAGUUUUUGUCUCAAAACCUGAUGCCAAAAAUGCUGACCAAAUGGUGUCCUGUCUUAGAUUUCCUAACAAAGCCAAACACAUUUUAAUAACAAAUGUAGUUUUUCAAAGCAAUCAUGAGCAAAAAAACAAUGUUACUGUCUCUUUCAGUAGUUGAAUUUUUAUUGAUACUUGUGACAAUAGAUGUCGAGCUGUUUAGCUGUAGGUCUCAACAAUGUACCCUCUUUACCCAAGACUAAUUACAACCAAGAGGAACACAGAGGAAAUCCUCUAUGGUUUAUGAUGAAAGGGGAUGAAUGAGCUGCUACUGUGUUUGUCUGGAUGAAUUCUGAGGGUAUCAGUGGAGCACUGUUAAGAUCAACUGAUCUGCUAUUUACUGCAAAUAGGAUCAUUUCGAAAGAAUAGCACACCAUUUUUGAUCUGAGCUUGCUUUUGGACCUGAAUGUGGUCUCACUUAAAUUUCCAUAUGGAGAUGAGCCAUUCUGUUUUGAAGCAGCCCCAACAACAUAUAGACAAACCAAGGUUGUCAUUACUUUAUUAGGCCUUAUGUAUUGAGGUGACCUCUCAUUAGACACUGACUUAAACUGUUCAUGUAGCUACUUAAACUCAGUCUCUCAAAAUGCACUUGUUCACUAGCGUUCCAUGCUGAAUUUUCAUAUAUUACCAUGUCUGUAGCUUCCUUAUAGCUUUGGCUUAUGAAUAACAUUGAUACCUUAUGAAUGUUGACUUUUUCUGCUUGCAGUUAAUUAGAGCUCAUUGUACAUAAUGAUUCUCAAUUAGGGGAAACAGACUGCUGCACAAUCACUUUUGACCAAAUAACGCCCCCUGCUGGUUUCAAACCACCUAGACCAAAAGGUAAAACCAAGCUUCUCUUUCGGUAUGGGGCACAGACUAGUUUUCAUAUAUUAUUUCUUGUCAAGCACAUACGAUGUUUCGGUUUCAUGGGUAAUGUAACUGUACCUGCACUUUUUAUUUUUUUGUUGGGGGUAUUUUCAGUAAUAAUUGUGCUUUCUUGGUAUUUAUAUGGUAAGUACAAAAGUAGAAUGAAACACAACCCAUUAAUGGUGAGACUGAAUUAAGAGGAAUACCACUAAAUUUCCACAUCCAAUUUUUUUCAAGCCAUUCCCAUAAUCAGUAAUAAGAACUGAGUAAAAAGAGUGGGUUAUUGCUUUUGUAGAUGCAGCGGAAAUACCAUUAGUGGUCCAGGAAGCAUACAGCAAAAGCUGCAACAUCUGCAAUAGUUCAACAGUGGUUUUCAACCUGGUGGUAAGGACCCCAAAAGGGGUUGCAGGAUAAAUCUAGGGGUCAAGAGAUAAUUAACACAAUGGCAAAGAAUCAAGAACAUGAUUUGCGUCACAAAAUUGUGUUUAUUUUUUAAUUUUUUUUUCUGUAAUUGCUGUUUUGUUGUGAAAUACUAGAUAGUUUAUCUCCUUAGGCCUCUAUGAAAAUACCCAAAUUUCAGAAUCUGUAUACCAUAUUAAAUCUUUGAUAAGUGCUCAUAAAUAUUUUUUAUUUUAUUUUAAAGGGGCAUAAAUCAAAAGGUUGGGAAGUGCUGCUUUAGAGUUCCUUAACAUUGGUCCCCCUAUUUCUUCGAAUAGGGAAGCUAGUUAGUCAGUUCUUGUUUCCAUUGGGAGCACAACAUUACAUACAGUAAAUAACACAUGCUUGAAAUUUUGUGAAUUCUCCUUAAUGUACAUUGUACUGCAAAACCAUGAGGUUUUUUGCCCAAAUGAAAGCGAUACAUUUGAAUGUAUUUUGGUUCAAAAUGUUUAUUCUAACAACAAAAGGAAAGACGUCAUAAUAAUUUAAUCAAAACAGAGAUAAUUAAGAGUGGAUUUGACAUGCACCAAUAGCCUUAUCAAAAAAUAAAUGUGAUGCUAAGCCUAAUUUCUGUUUUCUUUUUACCUGUAUCUAAAAAGAGUUUUUAUUUCAAGGUGUUCUUGAGACCAAAUUUAGCAGAGAUUAAAUCAAAAUGAGUUUAUUUAUUUUUUAUUAUAUUUCUGUAAACACACUUAACAGUUACUUAAAAAGGAAAUGUUCACUGGCUGAAAAUUGUUUAUUAAUUAAUU